AUGAGUAAACAAUAUUAGAACUUUGAAAUUGAGAAGAAUGACCCCUUCAUGAUCAAUCUUUCGCGAAGAGAGGACCAGAGGGAGAAGAAACACGCAUACAUUGCUGCUGCCAUCAUCGGUGGAGUCGUCCUCGUGUCCCUCUAAAUCUGCGGAACUGUUGUUAAUCCAUCUGAAUACAACUUGUCUCUGUUUGAGAGAGAUUCAAAUACCUAAUCUAUGAAAGCUUACAUUGACUACUUAGCCAGGUAUAAAAAGACCUAUGCCGAUAGACAGAGCACAGCCGACAGAUACAAGAUCUUCAAGCAAAACUACCACUUGAUCUAAGAGCACAACAGACAUGCUGAUGUGCUUCCAUUCGUUAUGGAAGUCAACUAAUACGCUGACUUGACUGUAGAUGAAUUCUUAGAACAUCACAAACUUAGAGUUCCAAAACACCUUCUCACCUAAGAGCACGAUGAAACCCCAAGCAAGGGCAUUUACUCCAAAGGUCACGGAGACGCAGCUCCAAUGUUCGACACUCCAGUUUAAAACCUACCAAAGGUUAAGGACUGGUACAAAGAAGGUGCUGUAUCAGCUCCUCACGAUCAACACUAAUGUGGCUCCUGCUGGGCUUUCACCACCGCCUCAAUGAUCGAAUCACUAGCUGUUAUCUCUGGAAAGUUCGACUAUCCAAUUGAGCUCUCUAUCCAAUAAUUAGUUGACUGUGACAUUACCAAUGACGGCUGCAGUGGUGGCUGGAUGUACAAGGGUUACGCUUACGCAUCUGUAUAUGGAUUAAUGCCUGCUGACACCUAUCCAUACGUUGGAAAGAAAAACCAAUGCAAAUACGACAAGGAGAAGGUACUUUUCAAGAACAAUGGUAUGGUACAAGAAAAGAAGAUGUCUAACGAAGCUCUUAAGGCUAUUGUUGCUAAACAGCCAGUUGGAGUCGGUAUGAUCUCAAAUGAAAACCUCAGAUUCUACAAACACGGAGUAAUGACUGAGAGCUUCUUAAAGUGCAGCGACCCAACUCCAGCUGUUAACCACGGUGUAGCAAUCGUUGGUUUCGGUCAUGUUCAAAAGGGAGAGCGUGGAACUGGCUGGUGCAGAGAGUACUGGAUCGUCAGAAACACCUGGGGUAAAGCCUGGGGUGAUGAUGGUUUCUUCAAGCUCUGUAUGGACGGCACUGGAUCAUAAGAAAUGCCAUUUGGAAUCUGCCAAGUCAAUAGAUUCCCAACCUAUCCAACAAUGGAGUAGCCAGAGAUCAAGUUCAGUCAAUGA